AUGGCCGUCAACGUCGUCGUAUCGAAGACCAUUGCGGCGGUGUUUCUCAGCAUAGCACUUUACAACUUUCUCGAACUUAAUGUCUACAUUUUUACCUUGUUCAAGAGACGGAGCGGGCUCUACUUUUGGAGCUUUACCAUCUCAACAUGGGGUAUCGUCUUCAACGCCACCGGAUACACGCUCAUGCACCUGGCAGAGAUCCCGGAAAAGAACAUUUACGCCACAUUCAUCCUCAUAGGAUGGUGCGCCAUGAUCACUGGACAAUCGGUUGUGCUUUACUCGCGAUUGCACAUCGUGAUGCAUAACAGGAAGAAACUCAGAGCCGUUCUGAUCAUGAUUAUAACCAACGCUGUGUGGCUUCACAUACCCAUCAUUGUUCUGGUCUACGGCGCCAACUCAAGCAACCCGGACCCAUUCGUCAAGCCUUAUGCGAUCUACGAAAAGAUCCAGCUCAGUGUCUUCAUCGCCCAGGAACUCAUCAUCUCCGGCCUAUACGUUUUCGAAACCACAAAACUCCUCCGCAUGGAGCGUACAAUCGGCAACUUUGGCACGAAAAGCCUACUUCACCAUCUCAUGUUCGUCAACUUCCUAGUCAUCCUCCUUGACUUCAGCAUCCUGGGCCUCGAGUUUGCAGAUAUGUUUGAGAUCCAGACCUCGUGGAAGCCACUCGUAUACAGCAUCAAGCUCAAACUCGAAUUCAGCAUUCUCAACCGCCUCGUCCAGUUGACCAGGAACGCCAGGAGUGGGUGUGCCAGCUCAUAUAGUAACGGCGCCAUUCAAUCCCAAGGCGUGGCGCUAGGCACGAUGAAGGGAACAAAGAAGGGAACGAGCCAUCAACGCUCCGUUCUAGCCACCGCCACAGAUCAUCAAGAGCAAUGGGAGGUGCACCCCCAGCCCUUCACGCCCAUGGGUGGCGACUUUCUUCACAUUGCGCUCGACGUCUCAGGCGACGGCAAACUCGCCGUACCGCCACGCAACAUCGCCGAUCCGCUCACACAAGUCUUCAACUUCACGCUCUUCCUUACAUCGACGGUUACGCAGAAAAACUUCACGAUAUCGAACCUGACAACGUCCACCCCACCUUUCGCAGACAUACUAGAUCAGGAAAGUGGCCAAACAGUCAAACACAUCAACUUCGAAUGGCCCGAGUGUUUAGUCGGGGAUAACAAUGAGGAUGAGGGUUCAACCGCGAGGGGAGAUUACAACAUUAGCAUACACCAGAAUUACCGAUUGAAUGGUGUGGAACGAUACACUAUCUUCAACCUUCCUAUCAGUGUUACGAACAGCAUUCAGCGCUUUCCAGGUGCCUCGCAAUUGACCACGAAACCCGCUCCCGGUCCACUCAGCGCAAACGGAGGCCGAAUGCCCUGCGCGAUGAUCGAGAACCCGUUGGAGGACUUUCAGACGCAGGUUAACAGCGUCAACAAUCCACCGGGGCAGCCUAUGCAGGAUAUUCCGCUCGAAACAAGCGCAAGGAGUGACGGUGGCCAAGUUGGAGGAAAUGGACCAGAUGAUGGAUCGAGUGGGAGAGGAGGAAACGGCAACAACCAGAAUGGACAGGGAGAGAUUGCAGGACAAGGUGGUAACGCUGCACUGGGAGGAGCUGUGAAGAUGACGGGAGAGUCAUUUUCAAUCCUGAUGAUUGGGAUGUUGGGCGCGGUUGUAGUAAUGUGCACGUCUGUUAGCUGGUAG